CUGGACCCUAUGCUUUCUAGUCGGUUUUGCAUAGGAUAGUGCAAAACGGGCGAAACCUUCGUUAACUGACUAUAGCCCCAAAUUAAACACUGUCUAUUUUAUUCUAUACAUCUGUAUGGACUACUUCCAUCCAUAAUCUUAGCAGCCUCAUCCAUUGGACGGAAAUUGGGUCCUGUUUUCCUGAAACUUGGCCCUCGAACUCUUCAUGGCACCUCCAAGAUGGACGAAUCAACGCCCCUUCUACAAAACCAGCAUCAAUAUCUCUCCCAGAGACGGCUGUUGGUUGUCUUCCCAGCACUCGCUUUGAUACAUUUUAUUUCCUUUCUCGACCAAACAGCUAUUUCGACGAGUCUGCCUGCCAUCGCAGCUUCGUUGGAUAUCGGCGCGUCCAUCUCGUGGGUGGGAGCCAGCUUCCUCGUCACCAGCACCAGCAUCCAGCUGAUCAAUGGCCGACUCUCGGACAUAUUUGGUCGCAAGGCCUCGCUGGUCGCGGCUAUAUCAAUCAUGGGCGUUGCAAACCUGCUUUGCGGCCUUUCUACGACACCAAUAGAGCUGUUCGCCGCUCGCGCACUCGCCGGGUUUGGCGCGGGAGCCAUCAAUGCGCUCGUGCAGAUUGCCAUUGCCGACAUCACGACGUUGGAGCAGCGCGGCUACUAUUUCGGCAUCAUGGGCGUGGCAGUGGCACUUGGGAACGGCUUAGGCCCUGUUAUCGGCGGGCUGCUUACCCAGGCGGUUGGAUGGCGGUGGGCAUUCUGGUUUAUCUGCCCCUUGUGCGUGGUCGCCAUCGGCUAUCUCGUCUCGGUGUGGCCUGUUUCACACACCUCCUCGGCUGAAUAUCAAAUCUGGGACAAGCUGAAGCUGGUGGACUGGGCAGGGGCUCUGACGAGUCUGUUUGGCAUCGCAUUGCUUCUGAUUCCGAUAUCCCAAGGCGGUUCUACCCAGGACUGGGGCUCGCCGGCGACUGUAGCCAUGUUCGUUGCUGGUGGAGUGCUGCUUGGUGUCUUCUUGGCGGUCGAGUUCCAAUUUGCGAAGCUGCCUCUGUUGCCGGCUCGUCUGUUCCGCUACGGCCGCUCCACCAACAUCCUGAUAUUCGUCAACAUCAUCAUCGGCUGGAUCUUCUGGGGCACCAUGUUUGUUCUACCGCUGUAUCUGCAGAAUGUCCGCAGUUUGAGCCCUGCCCAGGCCGGAGCCUUGACGCUGCCCAUGGUCAUCACUCAUGGGCUUACAUCGGGCCUGACCGGCAUCCUCAUAUCCGCCAUUGGGCGCUACAAACCCAUCAUCGUUACCGGAGCCGUUUGCUGGGUCCUGGGAGCGAUUGGAAAGAUGGAUUACCACCAGACGACCCCAGUCUGGAGGAUCAUCGUCGUUGGUGUCUUUGACGGUGUAGGCGUAGGCUGCUCCAUGCAGCCCGUCCUUGUAGGUCUUUUCGCUGGUUCUGACGCCCAAGAUCGAGCUGUUAUGACCGGAUUGCGGAAUUUCCUGCGAGAUUUUGGAGGAGCAACUGGUACUACUGUCUCCGGCGCUAUUCUAAGCAACCUGCUAUUGAGUCAAUUGAAGUCAGUAUUUAGUCCCGCCCUCAUCGCGAAGCUGACUUCGUCGGCAUUCGCGUUGAAAGACCUGGAUCUCAGCGAUGAAGAACGAAACAUGAUCUCUCAGGCGUACACGAAUGGCCUCCACGCAAUCUUUACCUUCUUUGCUGUGCUGAGUGCUGUUUAUGUCUGCGCAUGCUUGUGUAUUCACGAUUACGGCCUGAGACGAGAAAAUGGAAAACGGCAGCAAAGUGGCAUCGUGGGGCCGAGCACGGUGGAGAGUAGCGAGAAUGAAUGACAACAGGUAGAGAUUUGACCAACCCACAAUGGGCUUCUUAUGAAUGAUGACCGCCAUUCCAGACAGCAAAGGCAAGAUAAUGUGACCAUUCCAACUGUCACGCUAUAAAUGGGUCAUAUUCUUAAAGUAAGGUUGAAGGUUGAACUAGAUGUUCUAUUAUGUCUACUGUUCCGAAGCGAUGCUAUGAAGGCGUAAAAGAAUAUAGACCAAGCCAAGUUACGAAGUAGUAAUUGCAUAUAUACCAAAGACGUGAAGGCUGUCCCGGUGUUU